GUGACGUCUAGACCAGAAGUGACGCCCUAUGUCAGGUAUCAGCGCCUGUCUCCAGUGCCAUGCUACCUGGGUGCACUUCAUAACAAUGGGCCAGGGGGAGAGCGCCAUGGAGGACAACACCAUGACUUUCCUCUCGGACGUGUCGGACUUUGAGAGCAGUGCAGGCAGUGAUGUAGAUCAGGGUGACCUGCCGGCUCCCCACAGAGGGCAGCACAGCUCGGGGCAUCCACUGCCUGGACAUGACUCCUCCACCCCCAGUAGGAUGCUGGUAAGCCGGGUACCAAGAGCCUGGCAUGUGCCAGUCAGCAUGCCAUGAUUGGAGGCUCUGCUGGCAGUCACAUGGUGCCUGCUCCUGGAAUACGAACUAUUUGGGGGGAUCAGGGAUUACCUUAAAGGUAGACCCUCACCUACUGUAGGACUACAACUCCCAAGAAUAAGAGUCUACAGACUCCCACACUAGGUUUACAGCAAUGUGAAGUACUGGCUUAGAGUUGUGUUUUGGUCUGCACAUUUCCUGCAGUGGCUGCCUGAGAGCUCUGGGCAUUGUCUUCCAGCUAAGACAAACUGGGUGUCCUUUGAACACCAUAAAUAAAUAAUUACAAUAAUGGUGUACACUAUUUUUUUUGUAAUUAUUUGUUUAUGGUGUUUUGAGGAAGUACUUGAGUGAAUAGCAGCUUGGUGCACUUUAAAUCCCAUAUUUUAAGACCUUGAAGUGCCUUUUUAAACUGUAUUCUCUUGCUAUUUUAGGGUGUCCUUUGGUCUAACUGGUCACUACAAGCCUGCUAUAAUUUCUGGAUGUACCAGUAUAAAAAGCAGUUGAUAACUCUUAGUAAAAAAAAAAAAAAGUGAAUAAAAAUAGAAUUGCUGAUGUUCCAAUAAUGAAACCCCAGGGAAUGUAUUAUGUUUUGCCAAUAUUUUAUAGCAUUGGCUCACCUUCCAGUAAAUGCCAGAUGAUGCAACUGUUUGACAGGCACUGAACAGUACCACAUGUUUAACAGUAGUUUUAUAUAAUGAAAACUAGGAAGGAUAAUAUUUAAUCAAAGCGUAUUACUUGAAAACGAGAGAAAUCUCAAUGUAUCUUUCCUGGUAAAAUAUUUUAUACAUUUUAUAAAUAAAUAAUUUGCAGUUCAGUUAGUGUCACAUGUUGAAAGUAAGCCUUUGUAAACAGAUUAUAAAUUUUAAGGUAUUUUCUGUCAUCUGUGACUUUAAAUUGUAGUUGAAUGUGUUGGCAAAUAGAAUAAUUAAUUAUAUAGGAAGAUUUUCUGAAAUUGAGGGUCUGGGUGAGGUAUGUUUGACUGUGAACCACCAGCGGUUUUUACAGUAGGACUCUCAGAUCUUUUCCAGAUUCUAGCAGUCCUGUAGCUAUGAAAGUUGGACAUUCUCAGGUUUUGCUUCUUUUCGAAGUGUUCCAUAGAUGUGGUAUAAAACUAUAUAAUAGAAGGUAUUAUUUCAUGAUCAGGGCUAUUCACUAAAGUGAGAAGUGUCUGGAGUUAAAGGUGACUGUAAAUUUGAAGGCCAAACUAACGGAACUGGAAGUUUAGCUGUCAUGGUGAAUUUUUCCAGUUUUGACCUUAAAUUUGAAAUUUAAUACUGUAAGCUUGUUUGGGCAGGGCCCUCUUCACCUAGCGUUUAAGUAUGUCAAUUAUGUUUUGUUAGAAUUUAGUUUGUCUUGUUUACUUAUUGAACAGUGCUGCAGAAUAUGUUGGUGCCCGAUAAUUGUGUAAAUUCACCAUGAAUCACUGAGAAAUUUCAAUUUAGUGAAUAACGCUGUAUGUGUCCAAAAAUAUGUAGACUCCUGGUUCUCCAAAAUCUAAUUCCAAAGUUGUAAUACUGAAUCCUCAAUGCUGCUUGUCCCUCUUAAAUAGGGGUAUUUGGGAGGUGUGUGGUUUGUGCAGUAUUGCUGCAUGUUGAGGGUUCUGUGUGUAGACCCAUUGAGAAUGAAGGUGACUUUGUGUUCAUUAUUAUUGUGUGUGUUUAAAGUGACAAUGUAACCGUAGAGAUGUCGCGAACUUCUCGCGAAUGGUUCGCCUCGAGCUGUUCGUGGCGAACUCCGGUCAGCUGACACGUCCCGGCCAAUCUCCAGCAGACCCUCCCUCCCAGACCUUCCUACUUAGCGUUAAUGGCGUUCUUGUUGUUGUCUGUCAAUGUGUUUUUUGUUUGGUUUUUUUGUGAUGAAUGAAUGAGGAAACGUGAAAACACUAGUAACAUUAAGUAAAAAUAAGUUUAACAUUGUUGCAUUUCAGUAGCUUAUUAAGGAGUACAUUAGACCGAGGUACCGGAUGUUUCUGCCUAGUAGAAGGAGCGGUAGGUCUUUGGGGUGUGGGGGCGGAGGGGUAAACUGGGAGGCUUAGGAAAGUGCGUCGAUGUAGUUUUCCCAAGGUUCCCAUGUCUUGGAGAACGUCUUCAUGGAGCCUCGUAUUUGGGCAGUCAGUUUGUCCAUAAGGUGGCAUUCUUUAAUUUUGUUGAGUACCGUGGUUAUGGGGGGUGUGGUGGGUCGUAGUCUGUACUUUUUUUAUCUUUAUGGAAUACUCAUUUUUCAGGGCUGUGGUGUGUGACCGUGUAGCUUUAAAGUAAUUGUUUAUCAGAGUUUCACGGUCAGUGGAUGUCAUUGGACCUGUAUAUAAUUAUGUACAAUUGCAAUAUGUAUGUUGGUGUUCCUGUGUGCUCAACGUGAGUCUUUGUAUAUGUGAGUUUUUGUUGGCGUGUGUGUAAUGUCAGUAUGUGUUCACAUGCAUGUUUCCAUGAUGGCCAAGCUUAUGUGGUGACUGAUUAUCAUGAGAAUUGCAUUUCACUUCUUUAAUGAUUAGGCACUGCAGAUGCUAAUGAAGUGCACUUCUGAUAUUCAACCAGUCUUAAAGGAACACUCGAUUAAAUUUGUAUUUUUUUGCAAUUCAGUAGAUAUUUCCCCUAAGAAAACAUGCAUGUGUUAUUUGUUUGUUUUUUUUUUUCUCCAUUUUUUUUCUUGGCUGCAUAUGAAAAAAAAAAACGCUUGCAAAACCUGCAGAUCUCCAUUCUGCACUAGAGGUGUGGUUAGUAGUGAUGUCCCAAACGGUUCGCCACGGACGGCGAACAUAAACUUUGACCCUGUACCUCACAGUCAGCAGACACAUUCCAGCCAAUCACCAGCAGACCCUCCCUCCCAGACUCUCCCACCUCCUGGACAGCUCACUAAGAAUGCAGCUUCACAAUGAAUGUAAAAUGGAUGCUGUCCAGGAGGUGGGAGGGUCUGGGAGGGAGGGUCUGCUGCUGAUUGGCUGGAAUGUGUCUGCUGACUGUGAGGUACAGGGUCAAAGUUUAUGUUCGCCGUCUGCGGCGAACCGUUCGGGACAUCACUAGUGGUUAGCCCUAAAAUGGAAACAUUGCUAUAUGUAUUAAACAACAUAGUUUUUUUGUUGCACGGCUAAAAUAACAGGGACUCUGUAGUGUCCAUUUUAUAGGGAAAAUAUUUUAUUUUGAAACCCUUUUUCCUUCCUUUAAUUUGCUACUUGGUUGUCUUUUUUGAAAUCCGCUGCAUCUGCAUUUGUAGCUUGGCAGAUUUAAAUAUUUACAAACGGCCAAACUGCAACCAAAUGCCCUUCAUAUGGUUGAUCUUAUUCCAGUGAUACAGAACAGAGGAAUUGUGCCUUUAACUCAAAGCCUCACUGAUAGUAUCCCCAGCCCUCCCUAACUCUAAAGUGAUCUCUCAAAACCUUUUUUUUUUUUCUUUCUUAUAACAUGCAAAGUUGGUUGCAUCGACUGAGAUCUGGUUAUAAUUUCAUUGCAAUGAACCUGAGUGCACCAAUGAGAUCCAUUUGAACCCAGCAUUAAUCCAUUCGGCUCAAGCAUUCGGUUGUUGAGGAUAGUGAACUACAGAGGAAUAUUAACAAGUCAAUGCAGAAAAAUUUAGCUGAAUGAAAGAAGACAAAUUUGAAAAAUCAAGUUUGACAUUUAUUGAAAUGUCCCCACUGUGAGCAAAAGAAGAACUAAUCAGCUCAGAGUCUUCCACAUCACAGCUCACAGCAUGGCCUCCUUAACUCUGGUCCAGUUCAAUGCUACUCAUUGAGGAGACCGAAUGCACAUGCAUUCUCCACAGGAAAAGAUUGUAUUCAAUGCUUUCCUAUAAGCUUGCGUGUCAUGUGACAGAGUUUUACUUGGUCACUGUAGUGGAAGGUGGGAGCGCCUUUCGUGGCUGUCAGUAUGAAUUAAGGUGGCAUUAACCCUGCACUUUCUAAAGCACUGUAGUUUUAAAAGGACAGGGUCACUGUACCCAGAACAUUUUAUUGAGAUGAACUGACCUGGCUAAUGUCCCUUAACCUUGUAUAACAAAUGUUGUUUUAUUGUGUUUCUUCUUAAUUUCUCUUUUGAAAUUUUUUUGUGUAAUAAAGUUGUUUAUAAUUUGGAGAGUAAAACACCCAAAAACCUCAAUCUCUUGGAAUGGAAACAUUGUUUUAUCUGUCUUUGUAACUCGCAGGGCUCCAGUUGUAAUCGCUGUUACGCGACCUUGGCUGGAAAUAGCAGGCUCCAAAUCGUAUGCUGUUAUAAUUACCAGAUUUUACUAAUUACAUGAUGUAAAGUCAUGAUUUUAUAAAGGACACGGAGGCAAGUAUUAGGCUUUAUCUCUUUCUUUAUUCCUCAGCAGCAAAGAAAGGAUUAUUGCUAUUUUAAUAUAGCAAUAACAAGAAAAAACACAGAAUACCCUCAAGGCUUAACCAUAUAACAUUCCAAACAUAUUAACCAAUGUGAUCAAUCCUUGUUCUAUGUCUCCUCAUGUGACCUAAUCCACUUCCUCUUUCUAGCUGACGCCGAAGCUGAUAAUAUCAACAGGUAAAACGAUGAACUUGAACUGUCUCAGGUAGAGCGUUCCAGUGAGUUUGUUCCGGUAUAGAUAGGAAGGAGCGGGUGAUCCCGAAUAUUCCCUUAGAGGGUUAAAGGACCACUCUAGGCACCCAGACCACUUCAGCUUAAUGAAGUGGUCUGGGUGCCAGGUCCUUCUAGGGUUAACCCAUUUUUUUAUAAACAUAGCAGUUUCAGAGAAACUGCUAUGUUUAUUAAUGGGUUAAGCCUUCCCCCUAAUCCUCUAUUGGCUGUCUCAUUGACAGCCACUAGAGGCGCUUGCGUGCUUCUCACCGUGAUUUUCACAGUGAGAGCACGAAAGCGUCAUAGGAAAGCAUUGUAAAUGCUUUCCUGAGCUGAAUGGCUGAAUGCGCGCGCAUUCAGCCCAGGAGGAGGAUCGGAGGAGGAGAGCUCUCCGCCCAGCACUGGAAAAAGGUAAGUUUUACCCCUUUCCCCUUUCCAGAGCCGGGCGGGAGGGGGUCCCUGAGGGUGGGGGCACCCUCAGGGCACUAUAGUGCCAGGAAAACAAGUAUGUUUUCCUGGCACUAUAGUGGUCCUUUAAGCUGUAGGAGACAGAGAGAUAUGUGGUAAAAUAUAUUCAAAUAUCGUUGUCAAACAUUUAAACUAUACAGGUGUUUAAAGAAGCGUUAUAUCUUAACUCAUAGUUUUAUUUGGAUCCAGCAAAAAACUUAAAACCAAAUCAUUAUUAGUAUAUAGUAUAUCAUUUGAACAUCUAACUCGCUCCUACCUGUUUAUCGGUAAUUGGGUGGGAAAAAAACAUGUAUGACUUACCUGUCAUUGGGCGGGCUAAUACUCACCUCCGUGUCCUUUAUAAAAUAAUGACCUUACGUCAUGUAAUUAGUAAAACCUGGUAAUUUUAUUAAAGGACACGGAGGCUCAUAUUAGGCUAGUUUAAAGCUGUGAUAUAACCAUAGAUGACAUAUGUUCUGUUGGCCUAAAGUAGUAUUCUUUGAAUGUUGAUUCCCAGGACCAGUCAGCUGUGCGGAGAAGGUCUUCCAAUUUACAGCCAAUGGAGAAUGCCUUAGAGCCCAUAGCACCUCUCGUGGAGUGAGCUCUGUAAACAGAUGUGUCAAUGUUAGCAGCUGACAUUAUCCAUUUUACUCAGCGUGCCAGAGUUACUGUGGAUAUUGGGUGAUGAGGUUUUCUCACCACCAAGAACAGGUCAUGUGUUGUUGGGUUCCGAAAUGCCUGUGUCCGCCGUUCGUAUUCCUGGAGGCAUGCCACCGGGCAGAGGUUAGCAUUGUGAGGAAAGGAGGGAUAGAAGACUGACGUGAUUCUCGAUUUUCAUACGUCUGGUAAUAGUAAACCGGACACCUUGCGAGGUAAAGGACCGUGCAUCGAUAUCCAAGGCUCGAACGUCUGACACCCUUUUGCAGGAGAUUAAGCACAGGAGCACAGCUAAAUUUACGAACACUUGUUUGAGAUCUGCAUUUGGAGGCCAGUCUUCCAGUAAACGAAGGACCAUAUUAACAUCCCAUUAGUCCGUGUAGCGGGGUUGAGGUGGACAUGCAAAUUUUAUGCCUCGUAGAAGACGUCAGACCAAUAAGUGUUUCCCAGCCGGGAAUCUACAGGGUAGUAAGGAAACUGAGUACCUGGUUUAUAGGAGCACGUAGGGGAUCCACGUGUCGUUCCAGGCACCAACUACACCAUGCGUCCCAGGCAUGAGUAUAGGACCGUCUUGUUCCUGGGGCCCAAGCUCCUGUCAAUAAGUCCAGAGUUGUUUGUGAAACGUUUGACAUCGUCCCGGGUCCCCAGAGAGGAGCCAUGCCAGGUGUCUGAGGUGGCCUUGCACCAGCAGCGGGUGAGGGUUCCCAUUGGGGUCUGAUAAUAGUUCAGUGAAACCUGGAAUCAAUCUGGGGAGGUCGAUGGACAUUCCCAUGACUUGAAGGGAUCCAAGGCUGUGCCGUCCAGAAUGGUGUUAUUAACACCAUCGAUUGUUCGGGAGCGUUGUAGGUGUAGGAGAGUUCGUGCUAUGAAUGAGAACAGGGGAAAGCAUAUGAUCGGUUGCUCGGCCAGUGUUGUAGGAAGGCGUCCACUGCCAUGGAGUCUGGGUCCGGUCUCCAGCUGAAGAAUGAGGGAAGUUGAGCCAUCCAGUCUCCCAGUCUGAGGAGGUCCCGAAAGCAGUGUAUUCCUUCCAUCUUGAUGGUAUCUGACAAAGGCGUUGAGCCGUCGCAGGUUUAUUACUGGUCUCAUGCCUCCGCCUUUCUUGGGCACCAAGAAGAUAUUGCUUAGGAAACCGGGGGCGGUAGCUGAGACUUUUUGUAGAUCGCACCUUUCAUUUCUAGUGCGCGAAUCUCGUCUGCUACCAGAUUUUUGUCUUGUGGGGAAAAAACAAUCCGAUGUAGUAAUGAGAAUCUUAUCGGUUGUUGUUUGAAUUCGAUGCCGUAACUUAGAAUAGUCUCUAGGACCCAGACAUCUGAGGUAAGUUUGUGUCAGGCAUCGUGGAAAUGAAACAGUCUGCCCCCCAUAUUUAAUAAGGAAUGGGUGUGUAAAAGAAAAUGACUCGCCAUAAGGUCGUCUCCGAAUAGGAGACCUUUUGCCUGUAUGCCAGGCUCGGAAAUUGCUAGAUGUGUUAGUUUUGGUUCAAUUUUCAUUAAUAUGGCUUUACGCCGUUCCAUAGCCAAAGCGGUAUUGGCGUUUCCAAUUAAGCAAAUGCCUCUCUGGAUCCAUCCCCUGAUGGCCAGUAAGUCAACAGAAGUCCCCUCUGUAAGAGCAGUUUCGACUAAGUCGAAAAUUUUUGCUAUAGGCCCAAGAAUGUCUAGGACCUUGUCUUGGCAAUGUUUGAGGGAGUAGUCCAGUCCCUUUUUUGGCCUUCCAUCCCAACUUGCCCAGGAACUGGGCGAUCUUGGGGUCCACCUCGGGGGUUACACAGGCCAUGUCCGGGACCGUGGGCAUUCCGCCCUUAGCUUACUCCUUGUGGCCUUAUCAAGGGGUUUUCUUACCCUGGUUGCUUUGUAGAUGGCCACGUGCGUAAUGGGGUACCAGCCAGCUGAGCGCGGAUUGUGCAGGGUAUCUGGAUCAAAGAGGGGUUGCCCUUGGGGAUCUAAAACUGCAGAUUCGUCCGCCUCUUGCUCAGUCUAUCGCUGGGAGUGCAGUCUCGUUGUGUUCAGGGGACAAGUUGUCUAAAUCAACAGGGUCGAUGGCAUCGGACCCAUCUGACACCUCCUUUGAGUCCGAAUCAGAGUCGGACGAAUCUUGUAGGGCUUUUGCCCUCUUCCAAUUCCGCACCACGUCCUCAGUUUCAACAGGGCGCAACCUGUCCGUAACACUGGUUUUGGAGGCAGCACUUGUUAGAUGGUGCGAUUUGCAUGUACCCUUGCGGCUGCUAGGGACCAUCUGCUUACUAUUAGAGGAUACAGGGGCUGAGCUGGGGGUUCUGCCAGGUGCCAUUAUAGCGGAGGAGAUAGUGUGUGUCAGACUUUGCUCCCAUGGCAUUAACAAUGGCCUGUGUCACUGACUUGCUCAUUGUAGCAUCCAGGAGUGCUUGGAACUCCUCUGAGUUCACGUGGUCCUGGGAUGCUUCCUCCCCACUCCCCAGGGCCGCAAUGCCCAUAGGUAGGACUUUUGUAUUGCGACUGCUAGGUUUUUUAGAGGUGGGGGGGUGGGGGCAAUAACUUGUUUGUCAGCAGGGGACUGCAUACUGGUCAGGAUGCACUACAGAGGGAGAGCUGGGGGAAGGCACUUAGCAGUAUUGGACUAAUGAAAAAUGGCACAGGGCAAACAAAAUACCCUUACAGUGAGUUAUGACCCAGAGGCUAACUGUAAGUGGUGAAAACAACUCACUUUGAAUAGUGUGAAAGCACUUUAGGGCAAGGGCACAUUAAUGAGGCACAAAGAAGAUAUUGGCACAAAUAAUAUGGGAACUUACCGAGUGUUCCCUAAAUUGCUAAAUUGCUAGUUAUGAACAGAGGAGGUGCGGGCGGGUAGGGGGAGGGGGGCGUCCCCUACACUGUGGGGAAAGAAAAACGGGUUCUAAACAACCUGGACGGCAGUGCAGGAUAGGGGCUUGCCUAGAGCAGCACAAAAGCAGAAAUCUCCACUGCAUAUGGCUGAAACCACAACUCUUUAAUAAAGCAAGUACCCUGCACUAAGGGGAAAGAAACACCGACAAACCAAGCACUGGUAGUAGAUAUAUACAGUAGAGUGUAAAGAAAAAAACACUAAGCAAAAAAAUAAGGAAAUAAUAAGGUAUUAACAGGAAGAAAUACAGUAAUUACUACAAAUUUUUCAGAGCAUGAAAACAAUAUGAGGUACCUAGCUGAGGCAGCAGCAAAGAAAGAGGAAGGUGGAUUAGGUCACAUGAGGAGACCUAGAACAAGGAUUGAUCCCAUUGGUUAAUAUGUUUGGAAUGUUAUAUGGUUAACCCUUGAAGGUAUUCUGUGUUUUUUCCUGUUAUUGCUAUAUUAAAAUAGCAAUAUCCUUUCUUUGCUGCUGAGGAAUAAAGAAAGAGAUAAAGCCUAAUACUCACCUCCGUGUCCUUUAAUAAAAUUCCUGAUUUUUAAUUACUAGAAAGUGUAACUGACAAUAUGGAUAUUAUUGUCGCAAUGUUUCGUAAAUCUUUUCAUAUACAGUGAAUAUUACCCUGUCUACAGCUGCAUAUGGGGUGAGAUAAACUCCUUUCUCUCUCAGAAUCUCUUCUUCUUUUCUUUAUUUCUGAUCUAGUUUUAUUAAAACAUAAGACAAAGUAGGGACUACUUUUGUCUUAUGUUUUUUUUUUUUUUUUUUCUAUUCUUGACUAUCUUUGACCAAAGGAGGAGCUUACAUCCACUUCGUUUCCAGUGUCAGAGAAAGUACUCACCAUCUCCUUGACACAGAAAACAUAUAUUUAUACAUUAGACUUUCAAUUGGGUCAUGUUAGGAAAAUGACAAGUCUUACAAGACACUGGCUUCAUGGCUGAUAACAUGCCGGCCAACAGUCUUGAGUCCGGUGGAAUGGUCCUGAAUAUGUUCAUUUGGACCAUGCAGAGGGCAUUACGCUGGUGUGCGUUGAUACCAGGCUGACAUGCCCCUUCUCUGGGCAGCCGUACCCAUUUUAUUAACUGGAUCAUCCACUUUGGGAGUCACCACUGACACAAAACAUAUUGUUAGCGUAAUGCUUGCCAUUUGCUUACUGGUUUAGUUUGUCAGAUGUCAUUCUUCUAGGUUUAGCUAUAUUGAUCAUUUCUCAUGGGGACACUGCCAUUUGAUAAACCCCUACCUUUGCUUAUUGCUAAAGUAUUGUCUUGAAAACCGCUUUCCUAUAAUGUGAGCGUAUCUCUUAUGCCACUGUAUAAUAUCCUCUUUAGAAAAAUUUUGGUGUGAAGAAUUUGGUAAUAUCUGAAUAUAACCUUGUCAGCCACAUGUUUGGAUUGUCAGGUAUUCUUAAGAGUAUUAACAGGGGACAAUUAUUAUUACGUUUAUAUAUCUGCAACGAUUUAAAAUUAUAGAAUGGGGAUAUUUGGCAACAAGUAAUUCACAUACAGAAUAUUACAAGAGAAAAGAGGUGAAGAGGGACCUGCUCAAACUUGCUUACAAUCUGUGAGCAAGGGGCGGUAUAGCCAAAGAAGAAGAAUGACAGCAUGUCAGAGGGGAGGAGGGAUUGAUGGAUAAAGUACAUGUAUCAAAAUAAGGUGUGUGUGUGUGUGUUGAACAAUGUAAGCAGAACGAGGUAAAUGAACAGGUCAGUUGUAAUAGGAGAAGCAUCAUCCAGGAAGAUGAUUUGCUUUAUUAAAGAGUUGUGGUUUCAGUCAUAUGCAGUGGAGUUUUCUGCUUAUGUGCUGCUCUAGGCAUGACAAAACUCAGGCUCCCCCUUCCAAAUUUCUCUCCCUGACAGACAGUUGCCCUCACUGAUGCAUGCACUGACAUACACUCCCUUACAGAUACAGCCAUUGUAACACACACUGUUUAACCAACACACACUUUCAUUGAAACUUUCACCGACAGACACGCAUACAGAAACUGCUAUGUUUACAUUUGGGGUUCCGGACAGCCACUAGAAGCGCAUCUGCCACGCUGGAGGCAUAUUAUGAGAAAUGCUUUCCUAUGGACACUUUAAAUGCACGUGUGGCACUUGCCGCGCAUGCGCAUUCGGCUCCAGUGACGGCGGGGGAUGAGAGGUCACCAGCGCUGGUUUAAGGUAAGCUGCUGAAGGGGUUUCAACCCCUUCAGCGCCACGGAAGGGGGAACCUGAAGGUGGGGGGCACUAUAGUGUCAGGAAAACAGCUUUGUUUUCCUGACACUAUAGUGAUCCUUUUAAUGUUGGCAUUUUGUAAUGAAGUGAAUAUUUACUUUAUUAUUAUUUGCAGAUUUCAAAAUAAAAAGAUAAUAUAACCUUGACCAUUGGGUAAAAACUGCAACUUGUUUUGCUGACUUUGUUAGACGUUUUAAUUUGGCACUAUGAACCCUUCACAAUCCUUCACUUUUUUGCUUAUUAAUGCUUGGAAAAAUUUGGGGUGGUUUAAAAUAUAAAUAUAUAUAUAUAUAUAUAUAUAUAUAUAUAUAUAUAUUGUAAGUAGCUUCUAGCCAAUGAGCAUGCAGCAUCUUUAAAAAUAAAUAAUAAUAAAAAAAAUAAUAAUAAUGUCACAUCGGUUCAGUAUUAAGUAGGUCUAUGUCACCUGAAUAUGUGUAGUCGAGUGGGUUUUUGGAUGAUAAUAUGCCUUUAGGCAAAUAGAUAAGACAGUGAUCGAAGGAAACAGGAAUGUGUAAAUCACUGGUUAGGUAAUGUAGCCUGACAUUCAGUACAUCAUAUCUUGGGGGCACUGUGUGGCAUCUCCGAGCCCCCACUUCUUUGCUUGUUGGUGUGGAGAUGCUGUAAACCGCUUUCAGCCAAUGAGAGCUCUGCAUCGUUUGAAAAUGUGUGAUGAGAUUUAGUCAAUUUUUUUUUUUUUUUUUUUUUCAUCUUUAAAGGUUCAGUGUCAAGCUGAUUCGGAUGUGAUCAAGGUGCCGUCUUCUUUACCUUCAGCAAAAUACUGCAUCUCUUCCCCCCCCCCCCUCCAUAUUGGAUUGAGGGUUAGCUUACUAGAAACCUGUUUUAACCAUAGAACUGUUGUGAAGCCUGUGAUAGCAGCAGACCUCCACCUGGGGUAAUUACUAAAGUUUGAAUUGGCACUAGUCCUAUUUUUAAAUUUAAGACUGAGCCUUGGCAGAAGGACAUUUGCCUAGCUUCUCUGGUAUCUGCAACAAUUUAGCAAUGUUUGGACAUCCAUUCUUGGCAUUUCCAUACCUUUUUUUUUUUCUUAAUUUUGCCAUUUAUACAUUGAUUGGACUGUAACCAUUCCUCAUGGGGACACUGAUCACAAGCUCCCCCCUCCCUCCCUCACGUGUUGCUAUGGAGAGAUGCAGUAAACAGUUUUCAGCCAAUGAGAGCGCAGCAUCUUUUGAAAAUGAUGAAUGGAGAUCUAAUGAACUCUUUUGAAAAAGGGUUGGUCUCAAGCAGACUGUGAUGUUAUGAAGGUGCUUUACCUUCUGAUUUUAAAAUCUCCUCUACUGUAACAUUGGGAUGACAGGCAAGGUACUGUAGAUAGUCUGUGCUAACAGCAGAACUAUAGAUUUUACUUUAAUGGGAGUAUUGAAUGCACAUUAUACAUUUAAUUCUAAAUGUAUUUCAUAUGUUAUUUCUGCACAAUUAUAUUAUUUUUAUUAGUUAUAUGUUGGGGGACCUGCCUGACAGCCAAUCCCACCGAUCUGAUUCAUAUGACUCGGAUCGGACGAACUGGCUGCAGGGGCACUGCCUGGGUUGUCAGAAAUACCAGAGAAUUACAUUUCCAAACAUUUCCAAACCUUAUAUUUGACACUGUAACUUUCCAAAACCUCAUAAAACCUGUAUUUCAGGGUACUGUUGCACUUACAAGUUAUUGCAGAACACAAAUAUGAGCGUUUCAGAGCAGUAAAAUGUAUAAUGGCGAGAUCAGUGAAAGUGCAAAUUUGACUGGCUACUAAAAAGGCUGGACAUACCCCAUUUUGAAUACCCUGGGUUGUCCAAUUUGCAACUGAUAUGCCAUGAUGGGGGUAAUUUUUCAAUCCUGGGCGGCCAUAGAGUCUCAGAGGCAACAGGGCCUAGCAAACCAAUCUGGAUAUGUCAAUAUUUAAAGGACCACUCUAGGCACCCAGACCACUUCAGCUUAAUGAAGUGGUCUGGGUGCCAGGUCCAGCUAGGGUUAACCCAUUUUUUCAUAAACAUAGCAGUUUCAGAGAAACUGCUAUGUUUAUGAAUGGGUUAAGCCUUCCCCCUAAUCCUCUAGUGGCUGUUUCAUUGACAGCCACUAGAGGCGCUUGCGUGCUUCUCACUGUGAUUUUCACAGUGAGAGCACGCCAGCGUCCAUAGGAAAGCAUUAUGAAUGCUUUCCUGUGUGACCGGCUGAAUGCGCGCGCAGCUCUUGCCGCGCGUGCGCAUACAGCCGACGGGGAGGAGAAGAGGAGGAUCAGAGGAGGAGAGCUCUCCGCCCAGCGCUGGAAAAAGGUAAGUUUUACCCCUUUUCCCCUUUCCAGAGCCGGGCGGGAGGGGGUCCCUGAGGGUGGGGGCACCCUCAGGGCACUAUAGUGGUUCUUUAAAAACUGAAAUAGACAAGUGUGGCGAAACCAACCUCGCCACUGUGAACUGGAGAAGCCUGGUUGCUCGCCUGCUCCCUUUGGACUAUGGCCCUGCAGGUUAAACCGUUUAUUUCCCCUGCAGAAAGGCUUAUUUGUGUGAUCUGAGUGCCAUUCAUCUAAUAAUGUGCCCUCAGAUCCCAGCUAUCUGGGGAUAUGUGAAAUGUCUGUGUGUUAUGUGUAAAGGUGACUUUAUGUAUUUUAAAGUGUUUUGUGUCUUUUUGCAACCAUGUGCUUAAUGGAGUCUUGUGUCUGUCCUGGGAGAUAAUUGAAUUACUUAUCUCCAGGAUAGAAGGCUCUGAAACUGGUUUGGGCCAGAAAGCCAUGCUUCAUUUAGUCACAAAGGACUUUUACUAACUUUUGAACCCCUUGUCUGAUUUGUGCCAUUUUUGAAUAUGUUGUUCCCCUGAAUGGAUUGAUUGUGAAUAUGUAAUUUUAUGUGAAUGUGAUGUAUGGUUUUGGAGUUAUGAAAGUUGGGUAGAAAGUAUGUUUUAACUGUAUGUAUAAUGGAGUUUCCUCUCAGGAUAAGGGGAGGGAAUAUGUGGGAUGUAACUGUGAUGUGAUUGGUUGUUUUGUAACGCCCUGUGGGCUGUACUAUGUUUGUGGAUUGGGAAUAAAAGAGACUGUAUGUGACAGUACAGAGAGUUCCUGCUUAACCCUCAAAGUGAAGUGUCGUCUCAUUAUUGGGGAAGGAUUUAUUGUAUGCUGUUCCAGUUUGACUGCUAGGAGUGUAAACCUAUUUGCAUGGUUUUUCCUAUUCGGCUGUAUACAACAUUCAUAUGCUUGAGAGCAUUCAUAUGCUCCUACGGUUCGGUGGUUUUGGUGUCUGCUGCAGUGCUUGGAGUCCUCAGGAAGCGCUAGGAGCAUCCUUUAACGGAGGUACCCAGUCGGGGUGCCAGGUGAUCCGUUGGCAAGCGGUGGGAUGGCGUCCUAGUGCGAGGUAAAGCAGCUCGGAGACACAGUUCGUGGAUUUACAAAUUGAGGGCAACGCUAGUACCCGUACAGCGACCCUAUCUACAAAAGAACUAACUUCAGCAGCACAAGCAUGGCACCCAGCUACACUCAGGAGCAGUAUGACAGAGAGUUUACCAUGCGGCUGGCUUUCUUUGGACCCAACCCCCCGGAGAAAUACGUGUAGUUCGUAAGGAGCCAGGUAGACGAGUACCUGCAGUUCAUGGCAGAUCCAGCCAAAGGUAUCGGCCGCCCUAUCCGGUAGCAGAGUGCGUUACGGGGACUCAAAGGUGUACCCCAGGGAGCUGGAGGUGUCGUACUUCCUCCCCAGCGGCAGAGUAAGUCCCAGGGAGCUGAAGGUGCAGUCCUUCCUCCCCAGCGGCAGUGUGUAUCCCAGGGAGCUGAAGGUGCAGUCCUGCCUCCCCAGCGGCAGUGUGUAUCCCAGGGAGCUGAAGGUACAGUACUUCCUCCCCAGCGGCAGUGUGUACCCCAGGGAGCUGAAGGUGCCGUCCUUCCUCCCCAGCGGCAGUGUGUACCCCAGGGAGCUGAAGGUGCAGUCCUUCCUCCCCAGCGGCAGUGUGUACCCCAGGGAGCUGAAGGUGCAGUCCUUCCUCCCCAGCGGCAGUGUGUAUCCCAGGGAGCUGAAGGUGCAGUCCUUCCUCUCCAGCGGCAGUGUGUAUCCCAGGGAGCUGAAGGUGCAGUCCUUCCUCCCCAGCGGAGUGUGUAUCCCAGGGAGCUGAAGGUGCAGAGCUGUCCCAAGGUGCAGGCUGUGCAGUCCUUCCUCGGCAGUGUGUCCCAGGGAGCUGAAGGGCAGUCCUUCCUCCCCAGCUGCAGUGUGUACCCAGGGAGCUGAAGGUGCCGUCCUUCCUCCCCAGCGGCAGUGUGUAUCCCAGGGAGCUGAAGGUGCAGUCCUUCCUCCCAGCGGCAGUGUGUAUCCCAGGGAGCUGAAGGUGCAGUCCUUCCUCCCCAGCGGCAGUGUGUAUCCCAGGGAGCUGAAGGUGCAGUCCUUCCUCCCCAGCGGCAGUGUGUACCCCAGGGAGCUGAAGGUGCAGUCCUUCCUCCCCAGCGGCAGUGUGUACCCCAGGGAGCUGAAGGUGCCGUCCUUCCUCCCCAGCGGCAGAGUGUCCUGCAGGGAGCAGAGACCGUCAGUCUCGCACCCCAACCACAGGACAAAAUAAUGAAAGGGGAGACAGCUGGUCCCCCUCUCCACCAGCAGAGAGAGUGUCAGGGAGAGGAGCCUGAUACCCCUUCUCCCCAGCGGCAGUUUACAGUUCAGAGAGAGGAGCUUGUUACACCCUCUCUCCAGCGGCAGCCUAACCCAGCAAGGGGAGAUGUUACACCCCCCAACAGUGCAGAUGGGACUGUAGUCUCUGCACUUACAGCACAAGAGGUAGGGACAGUCGGUCCUGUUCCCCAGCCACAGAGCGGUGUAUCCAGAGGGGAGACAGUCGGUCUCUCCCUCCCACAACCAGGCUCCCACCAGGCUACUUCCGUGGUAGCACUGGCAUCAGGGCAGAGUACCGCUGGUCUCUGCCCACUCAGCAACCCACCAAGGCAGCCUAACAGUUGCCCACACAGUCGUGGUGAGGCACCUGGACAUGGACAAAGUUCUCCUCUACCCAGGUGUAGUAACCAGUUAUUGUGGGUGGGCUGUACUGCUGUUUCUGUUUUGUGGGUGGGUUGCUGGACUAACCAGGGCACUGACCGGCAGGAGGUCAGAUACCCUGUUAGUCUAGUUGGUAAAGGGGAGAAGUGUGGCGAAACCAACCUCGCCACUGUGAACUGGAGAAGCCUGGUUGCUCGCCUGCUCCCUUUGGACUAUGGCCCUGCAGGUUAAACCGUUUAUUUCCCCUGCAGAAAGGCUUAUUUGUGUGAUCUGAGUGCCAUUCAUCUAAUAAUGUGCACUCAGAUCCCAGCUAUCUGGGGAUAUGUGAAAUGUCUGUGUGUUAUGUGUAAAGGUGACUUUAUGUAUUUUAAAGUGUUUUGUGUCUUUUUGCAACCAUGUGCUUAAUGGAGUCUGUGUCUGUCCUGGGAGAUAAUUGAAUUACUUAUCUCCAGGAUAGAAGGCUCUGAAACUGGUUUGGGCCAGAAAGCCAUGCUUCAUUUAGUCACAAAGGACUUUUUACUAACUUUUGAACCCCUUGUCUGAUUUGUGCCAUUUUUGAAUAUGUUGUUCCCCUGAAUGGAUUGAUUGUGAAUAUGUAAUUUUAUGUGAAUGUGAUGUAUGGUUUUGGAGUUAUGAAAGUUGGGUAGAAAGUAUGUUUUAACUGUAUGUAUAAUGGAGUUUCCUCUCAGGAUAAGGGGAGGGAAUAUGUGGGAUGUAACUGUGAUGUGAUUGGUUGUUUUAUACCUCCCUGUGGGCGGUCCUGUAUUUGCAAGACUGUAAUAAAAACCAGGCUGGGUGUGCCAGCACCUGAGUUCCUGUUUUAACCCUCAAAGUGAAGUGUCGUCUCAUUAUUGGGGGAAGGAUUUAUUGUAUGCUGUUCCAGUUUGACUGCUAGGAGAGUAAACCUAUUCGUAUGGUUCCUAUUCAACUGUCUACAGCAUUCAUAUGCUUGAGAGCAUUCAUAUGCUCCUACGGUUUGGUGGUUUUGGUGUCUGCUGCAGUGCUUGGAGUCUUCAGGAAGUGCUAGGAGCAUCCUUCAACGGAGGUGCCCAGUCGGGGUGCCAGGCGAUCCGUUACAACAAGCCACAUAUUUGAUCCUGUAACUUUCCAAAACCGCAUAAAACCUGUACAUGGAGAUGGUUUUUGUACUCGUCUGACAGUAAAAGGCAAUCGUAUGAUGGGAAACUAGGAAAAUAAGAAAAUGUCAACAUUUCUCAAAAAAAAUAAAAAAUAUAUAUUUUUAGAUUUUAUUCAUAUUAAAUUGUUACAUAUAUAAAUAUUUGAGAAAUGAGAGCCCUAUUUCUCCUGAACAAUAUGAUCUAUAAUUAGUGUGGGUGCACUUAAAGGGAUACUAUAAGUGCCAGGAACACAAAGCUGUAUUUCUGGCACAAUCCCUACCUCUGCCUCCCCCUCUCUCACGACCCUCCCACCACAGAAUAAAGAGUUAAAAACACUUUAUUUACUUUCCUGAUCCCAGCGCAUCAAAUGCCGCAUGUACACUAGACCUCCCUAUAUGAAAGCUUUAAAUCAGUUACUUUCCUAUGGGAAAAUGGCUGACCCUGUAUGUCCUCAUUCAGCGAGUGAGGACGUCCAGCGUCAGAUACCGGACCAAAGAUACAGGAAGUGCCUCCAGUGGCUGUCUGGGAGACAGCCAAUAGAGGCAGAACUUAGUGCUGCAAUGUAAACAUUGCAGUUUCUCUGGAACUGCAAUGUUUAACAUUGCAGCACUAAAGGCAAUAGGGACACUGCACCCAGACCACUUCAAUCAGCUGAAGGGGUCUGGUUGCCCACAGUGUCCCUUUAAUAUGAAAGAGUCAAAUUAUGAUUGAACAGAUCAAUCCUAUAGUCUAAUUUUAAGUUUUUAGUUCAGAACCUGGACAUUUGCCAAAUUAUGUCCAGUUUAUCUCAUGUGUUAAUAAUGCAUUUUAGUUAUUGGCCAUUAACCUAGGUUCCAUUAUUCCUGUGUAUUGUAAGUGGGGCUCAUAGUUUUAUAUAAUAAGGUCUGAUCGUAGGAAACCUAUUGAUUGAUUAAUAAGACUUCAUUUGUUCCCAUAAAUAUAUUUAAAAAUAUGUCUUUCCCGAUCUGUCUGGAUAUUGUGUAAGCCUGUGUCAGUAGUAUGGUAUAUUAUGUUACUAUGCAAAAUUAUUUGAUUUGAAGAAGCAAUAAAUUAUGGUGGGUGACACAGAAGAACACAGUUUGCUGUACUCUUAUGUUGAAAACCCAUUGCAUAUGCAUUUUAUAAAAAGGUUGAAUGUAUUUGACUGUGCUUGCCAUUUCUUCACACACAAUGGAUCAAAAACCAGGUUCCUGCCGUUGGCAUAUGUAAAACCUUAAACGCGAUAUUAAAGAAAUAUUACACGUAGUAUAAUGUAUUUCUUGGAUCCACCACACAUUUGUUAGUUCUACUCCCACCAGCUGUUAAAAGGCCUCCCAAAUGUACAUCUGUUGCAUAGGAAAUGGCCUCAGCCAAUGUGUUGCUAACAGGAAUGACCCCUCUGGCUGUGUGGUGUGUAAUUACCUUGAUAUUUCGAAUGGAAUGUCAAGCACCCUAGAUGUACAGUAUUUUUUUGCAUUAUGAUUCUCCGAUAGCAGUGUAUUGUUUUUGAACAAAAGUUAUAACCCAAAGUUAAAUGAGCUGUGACUUCCUACAUGUUUGUAGGUUCUUAUCUGAUAUGCCAAUUUGGAGGCUCCUAGUAAGGUCCCGUUCUAAUCUUCUGUUGUGUCCUUGCCGCCUUGUUUAAUUCAUGGUUUAAUUUUUGAUUAGUUACAUAAAAGGAGCUGUGGACUGUGUUUGUUUUUCUCUUCUGGCCCUUCGGUACUGCUACCGUCUUUGGAUUUAGUUACAGCUGUCACCUUUGAGCUCCACCUAAUAUCAGGUUGACAAGUUAGCAUUAGGCUUCAAUCUGACUCCAUGUGUAUGCUAUGCCAGGGGUAGGCAACCUUCGGCACUUCAGAUGUUGUGGACCACAUCUCCUUUAAUGCUCUUACACCCAUAAUGCUGGCAAAGCAGCAUGGGAGGUGUAGUCCAAUACAUCUGGAGUGUCGAAGGUUGCCAAUGUCUGUGUUAUGCCAUGUCUACCUGAGUCAUAAAACAUGCAGCUGUCCAGGUCCCAUUAAUUACCUUCUUUUGAAAAGUAUCCCCUCCCCCCAUAUGCACCAAUUCAUUGAACAUCAUUCACGAUGCAGACAUUAAUUCAUUGUAUUAUCAUAGUUUUAGGUUUAUAGAGAUGACUAUAAGCAUUUCGCAUAAUGAGGAGGGCAUCUAUUUGUGGAGUUCCCUUUUUAGCUCAAACACCAUUAUUUACAACCUAGAUUUGUAUUCAGUGUAUGACUUUAUAGUACGUUUCCAGCUUCCAGUCUCUCUUAAACGUAAAAAAGGGAUUAUUGGUUCGUCUGUGUGUGCCAGUGACACUAGUUAUCCACAUGGGUUUAUUGAGCAUAUUAAUAUCAUUGCUUUUUGCAAAAAGGUAGCCUUAGAGGUGAAAAUAAAAUGGUGUACUGUAGUUUGUUUCUCUCAAGUUCUACAAUCUUGAGCUAAGUCCCCGACAUUUUACCAAAAGUAUACAGUUUAAAGAUGAAUAUGUAAAUCUCUAUAUAUUUGUGUAAAUAUGCAUAUAAGUACAGAUUUUGCGUGUGUGUGUGUAAAUUUAAAUGAAGUAGCACAGUUAAAUGGGUGUAAUCAUUGAUAUAGUCAAUAUCAUAAUUUGAUGAACAUGAUCCUAGUUUUAACACUCCAACAUACCCACAGUCAGAUGUUGCAUGACACUUUUAUACUGGUUAGAACACAAUUUUUUUUUUUUCUACAAUCAAAGUUCAUAUUAUUGUGCAAGAAUUUCUUAAUUAGCAUUUUAUGCCUCAAAAUUAAUUGAUCUCAUUUCUUUUAGCCUACGCAAGAUAUAAUUGACCUGACCAAUAUCUGCAGUGGAAAUGAAGAGACUGAGUCCGAAUCGGACACUAGCAUAAUUGAUUUGACUGGAAUUGAUGACUCUGUAGAGUCAUUCUCACGUAGCUCACCUCCCUACAUUAAGAAUUUCAUAUCUCCGC